AACUGCAAUGGCAAAGUGGACAAGCUGGCGCUGGCGGCGUUGGAGGUGGUCCACGUGGUUGAUACCGUGCAAACGGACGUGGAAGCUCAAAUGGCGGCGAUUUGGGCGAAGAUUUUGGGGGUGAACGUGGGUGAUAUUGGUCGCCAGUCGUCCUUCUUUUCACUCGGGGGGGACUCGUUGUCCGUGGUCAAAGUGAUUGCGGCGAGCAAGCAGGCUGGGUUGCACUUGACAGCGUCCGACCUGUUGAAGGCGAUGGUUCUGUGGCGAGUGGCUGAGGUUGCCACGUCACGUUCCAGCCAGACUUGGCCUAGUGCCAUGUUGACCCCCGAGGUGAUGACGUCACUUGUAGAAGGUGACAGUCUGGCCAAGUGGAGCCAUUGCGCCGUGUACCCUGUGACCGGCCUGCAAGCCGGGAUGCUGCUCGCAACGAUGCUGAAUCGCGACUCGUACGUCCUUCAAAGCGCCGUCGAGCUGGGCGAGUCGAUGGAUUUGGACACGCUUCAGUGGGCUUUCCAUACCCUUGUCGAGCGGCACGAACUGCUGCGGACGUCGUUUGUCACAACGUCUGCGGGACUGUUUCAAGUGCUUCGACCAGAUACGAGCAAUAUUGAAAUCACCAACGUAGCCGCCCCGACGUUGGAAGCGUUCCUAAAGCAAGACCUGGCCAAAGGCUUUGACCUGACUGGCCAGCUUGUGCGGUGGACUGGUGUCGUGACAGAGUGCGGAACGUACGGCGUCAUGACGAUCCAUCAUGUUCUGUACGAUGGCUGGACUGUGCCGAUGUUGUGGGAUGAUCUGCUGGACAUUGUACGCGGAAACCAGUUGGCGGAUCGACCUGGGUUCCAUCGCGUUGUGGACUUUGUCCAAGCCCAAGACGAGGCUGCAACGCAGGAAUUCUGGACGUCGUAUCUCCGUGGUGUUGUGGCGUCCCCCUUGUCCUCAUCGACCAGUUCUGGGCACUGGAAUGAAGCCUUUCAGAACUCAGACUCUUCGCUCUCUUUAACAUCCAAGGCAAGCUUAAAGGAGGUCCACGAGGCCGCCCGUCGGUUGGACGUGACCACGGCAGAGUUUGUCAAGUUUGCUUGGGCUGCGACCGUUCGAAAGUACACGCGUCAGGACGACGUCGUGUUUGGUCAAGUGAUGGCGAAUCGAGACAUCCCAGUGGAUGGCGUCGACAGGAUAUUGGGCCCACUCGUGAGCACCGUGCCUUGCCGUGUGCAAUUCAAUGACAGUCUGUCGCUGGCGUCCAUGUUAGACAGCAUUCGAGUGGAGCGUGGGGCGAUGACUCGGUUCGCCCAUGCAAGUCUGGCAGACAUCAAAAAGUGGAGUCAAGUGGAAGGCGUGAAGUUGAUGAAUUCGCUGUUUGCGUUUCAAAACACUCCCACCGCUACAGACCACAACGGGUGCUGGUCCAUGUUGAAGCCAUCCAACCCUAGCACAGUGUUGUCACAGGAGUACACCUUUGAGCUGAUCGUGGAACCAACACCGACGGGUUUAAACGCCCACGCACUGUAUAACCCUGGCGACAUCAGUUGGGACCAAGCUCAGUGGAUUCUGCACGAGUUUGACCACUCGUUGUGGCACUUGUGCACAGAAGCCACGGCUGACACUGGCGUUUCAGAGUUGACCUCUUUGUCUGAAGCUCAGACAGCGCUCAUUCGCAGCGCAUCGUUUGGCCCGACGGUGCCGUUGCCGUUUGAGCUGCUGCACCAUGCGUUUGAAGCCAGAGCUGCGAAACACCCCGACGUUCGAGCGGUCGAGUUGGACGGCCAAUGGCUGACCUAUGGGGACUUGAACGCCCACGCGGAUACGGUGGCCAGCCAGUUGGCGGAGCUGGGCGUGUGUGUGGGGAGUCGCGUGGCGGUGGUCAUGGACAGAUCUAUGCAAUUUGACACGGACCUGGCGUUCCAUCGCUCUCACGACCUCGCCAUGGACGACAACGUCAAGAUCAAUGGCGGAUGCAACGACACUUAUCCAGCCGCGGUGUAUGCAAUUGAAGUGGCGGUGACCCCCACGACCUCGGGCGUCGCCAUCCGUGCAGCGUACGAUCGAUCGCGAACCGACCAAGUGGCCGUCCGCAGGUUGGUUGCGACCAUGGCCUCGUACUUGCACGAAUGGGACCACUCGUUGCGUCAAUAG